AUGUUGAGGAUCAGCGCAGGAUGCGGGUACCCAGGGAUCAUGUCGGAGGUAUGAGCAGCGUGUGGGUCUUGACUGAUAGGCUUGGGGGAAAUUGUAGUCCCCUUUUUAGAUCAUAGGAUACAUUGGAAGGAAGGGCGGCUACGAGAUUGUUCCGUAUGUAGGGCGAAAUGGUGAUGGGAAUCGACAGACUUUGCAACAGGUGAGGAGAACAAUUGCAAAUUGGGGAGACAUACAAGUGUAUUAUUUGAUCCUCUAGAAAAAUAGAGCUUUUCUAUUACAGGGGGGACCUAAUCCAGUGGCAAAACAAUGCCAUUUUGCAUCCGGGAAGUAUCAAAAAAUGCAGCAAAAUACCUCCCUCUCCAAGUGAAAAAAUUCACAUUUCAAAAGCACGCCCACUCUUUUUGUGAGGGAAAGGGCGCGACCAGAGCCUUUUCACAGGGCAGUACUCCAAGUGCGACGCUCAGAUUGUCUUUAAACUUUGCACACACGUCGGGUAUGGACUAAAUAUCAAUUCCUGAAAGUUUUAGCUCGCGCUUUGCGGGCGCCGCCGAGAUAAAGAACGAUUUUUGCCGCCGAGAUGGCACCCUAAACGUGGAGAGCGGUCAGAGAGAAAAGCGCUUUUUGGCCAUAACUUUGGCAGUUUCGUGCGGAAAAGUUUGAUUUUUUGUAGAAACAUUAUCCUUUGCGGUUGAAAUAGGCAUGAAACUUUUCGUGACGAAAUUCGGCAAAAAGUCCAAAAUUUUGGUCGACUUUCGAUCUAAAAAUCUCGGUUGUUUCUACAAAGCGCGAGCUAAGAUUCUCGCAUAUAUCUUAGAAAAAAUUAUUCUAAAUUUGUGCCAAGUUUCAUUAAAAUCUGAGCGUCGCACUUGGAGUACUUCCCUUGUCAAUUGGAAAGAAGGCAUUUUGCUACAUUUUUUGAUACUUCUGAUGCAAAAUGAAAAGUUUUUUGGCGACAAAAUUUCUGCCACUGGUUCAGAUCCGUCACUGUGCUCAAUCAAAUUUUUGGUUGAAAUUUGUUUGUGAGCUAAACAAACCGUUUUAGGCCCUUGGAGACUAUGAAAACGUCACUUCAGAACUCGUCCUCAACGGGACUGUUGAUACUCUGGCGUUUCCCAUUCUAAAGACCGGCGAAUUACUCCGGGGAUUCGAAUACUCUCAUCACAUUUACAGGGUAUCCCAUUAGAUUUGGAUUCUAAUCUGUAAGGUGUAUUUUAGAUACGCUCAUCGUUGAUUAUCUACCGUCACGAUGACUUCGGCACCAGUUAUUGGAAUUUGUUCUCCAUGUACGAUGAAUUGAUUUGGCAGGUGCUGGGAUGGUCUUUAUUGUUGCAAUGUGCCUUUGGGAUGUUUGUCAGAUACGCAGAGAGAACAAACGGGAUUCAAGGCGACGAUAGCGUUGGAAAUGUAAAUUCAGCGAUUAAAAAUCCAAUAAACGGAGGCCUGCAAGUGCGACGCUCAGAUCUCUUUAAAAUUUUCACACAUGUGAGGCAUGCUCAAGAUACCAUUUUCCUGACAGCUUUGGUUUGUAGAUUCCAGGGGCAGCCGAGAAAUUGACUAAACUUUGUGGCCGAGAGAGCACGUAAAACGGGGAGGGCGGUUGAAGCGUUUUUUCGCGAUAAAUUUCGUAGUUCUGUGCAGAAACUCUAAAAGGAAGUGCCAAAAUUCGCCCCAAAGUAUGAUAUUUUUUGCAAAUUUUGACCUAGCAAUCUCAAUCGGCUCGAAAAAAUUAAGUUAAAUUGUGCCAAGUUUCAUUAAAAUCGGAGCGUCGCACUUGGAGUACUCCCCCAAAAGAUGCGCAUAACUUUUUACAGGUUGCCUGGAAGAUAAUUCGUAUUCAGUUCUUCCAAGCCGAACCGUUCCUUUUUCAUUAUCGCGCCGGCAACCUUUCCCUGCUAAUUUUCUCCCUCCUCCAAUGCACUGUUGUCUUCGGAAUCUUUGCUUCGUAUUUUCUGUCCGCCAUGCUCAACCCAAAGCAGGAUUUGUCGUAUGCAAAUAUGGAUCAAAUUCUCCGCGACAUCCGAACCGGCAAACGGGACAUUGUCUUGCUGUCUCCGGGGUCCUGGUUCGAGGAGAGGGUUAUGAAUGGGACUGGCGGUCUGUUUCGUGAGCUUAAAGCGGCACUGGCCGGAAGAAAGAUGCUUAUCGAAGGGGAUCAUGAAAGUAAGAUCUCUUCUAUUACAUUGGAGACCUGAUCCAUGGCAAAAACGUAACAUUUUGCAUCCAGGAAGUAUAAAAAAAGUGGCAAAAUACCUCCCUCUCCAAGUGAAAAAAACUCAGAUUUCAAAAGCCCUUCAAAACGAAGUUUUUUCACGUGGAGGGAGAAGUAUUUUUUCACAUUUUUGAUACUUCCCGGAUGCAAAAUGAUACGCUUUUUGCCAUUGGAUCAGGUCCCCCACUGUACGUGUAACCUUCAAGGAGCUCUCCACUUGCUCAGUGAGCACAACGCAAUACUGUUUUUUCGAGAAGACGAUGCCAUUGCAUCAACCAUCUUCUCUCACUGCGAAUACCUCCAAUUGAACGUUGACUUGCCCAAGUUGGAUGUCCAUUUCAUUUUUGCCAAAAACUGGUCGGGAUUGCAUGACUUUUCCGCGCUGAUAAAUGACAACAUUAGGAAGAUUUACAACAUCAAACGUCGAUAUAUCGAAGGAGGUCGAAGAAAGCCCAAAGUUUGCAGUCAUUUCAAAGUGGGGGAUCCAAUGAGUAAGCGGAAAAUCGGGUUAAAUAGUAGAAAGCAGUAAAAGUCUGCUGCACUGAAAUCUAUUGCAGUGAGAGACCUGAUCCAGUGGCAAAAAACGUACCAUUUUGAAACCGGGAAGUAUCAAAAAUGUGCAAAAUACCUCCCUCUCCAAGUGGAAAACCUCCGAUUUCAAACACGCGCCUGCCCUUUUUGUAGGAAAAGGGCGGGCCCUUCAAAACAGUUUCUUCACUAGGAGAUGGAAGCAUUUUACCACAUUUUUGAUACUUCCCGGAUGCAAAACGGUCCUUUUUUGCCACUGGAUCAGGUCCCCCACUGCACGUAUUUCACUUUCAGAGUUGGUAUUCUACGUUGGAGUUCUGAUUGUCGCCGGAGUCUUAAUUUUGACAGCAGCGUUUCUUCUGGCCCUUGAAGUCAUUGUAAAUCGGCUGCGUGGAAAACCUUUGAUAAGAACUGUUAGAACACACGUGACUACUGAAGUACUAAAACUCCAAUUUUUGUGGAAAGCAAAUAGAAAAAUAAACCGGUGCUGA